AUGGCAAUGAUGUACCCAUUCCACGUGGCACAGCCACCACUCAACUGGUCCGAACACUUGUGGGUUUCCGAAGUGUCGCCGGCAAAAGAGUCGUUCAUCACAACGAUUUGUGAGCAUCGACAGGCGCAAUGGGACAAUCAAGACCUUCUGACCCAUCUCCAAGACAGUGUGGCCAUUCUUCAAAAAGAGGAUCAACGUGUCGCUCCCGCUCAAAUUCCACCCGUCCCAGCCAAUGCUCAGAAUAAUUAA